UCCGCCUGGCUGCCCCGCCUGGGAGCGGGGUGGGGGCAGGCGAAGGGGAGGGCUGCGGGUGGAAAGGGGCGAGCCCCUCUCGCCCGGGACUGGGAAGAGCGACCACGGCGCCGGGCGAGGCGGCUGGGCGAGGCAGUGCCAUGCUGCCUUUGUGCAAAGUUGGGCGGCGGGCGGCGCGCCGCGCGCAGGGGCCCCGCACACCCGCGACCGCGCGCAGCCGUGGCUGCUGCUGAGUGGCGGGGGCCCCCCCGCUCCUCCCGGCCCUUGAAGGCGGAGAGAGCUCGCGUCUCGCUCGGCUUCAGGGUAAGUCCAGCUGUGAGCAGAGUGUUCUGUUCUUCACUUCCAGCAAGCCAGAAAGAAAAAAAAAAUCUCUGGGAGGUGAAACCACUGUCUUGAGUCCCAAACUAUAGAACUCUUCUAUUCAUAGGCCAACCUAUGUUGCAGUUGAUUAAGGGGUGCAGCUCCCAUGUAAAUGCUCUCAGAGUUUUAUAAAUGGACGCUGACAUGGACUACGAAAGACCCAACGUUGAAACUAUCAAGUGUGUGGUCGUGGGUGACAAUGCCGUGGGGAAGACGCGCUUGAUCUGUGCCAGGGCGUGCAACACCACACUCACGCAGUAUCAGCUGCUGGCCACCCAUGUGCCAACCGUGUGGGCGAUUGACCAGUACCGCGUGUGCCAGGAGGUCUUGGAGCGUUCUCGGGAUGUUGUUGAUGAAGUGAGUGUUUCUCUCAGGCUUUGGGAUACUUUUGGUGAUCAUCACAAAGACAGACGCUUUGCAUAUGGCAGGUCUGAUGUUGUGGUCCUCUGUUUUUCAAUCGCUAAUCCCAAUUCCCUAAAUCAUGUGAAAAGCAUGUGGUAUCCAGAAAUCAAGCACUUUUGCCCUCGAACACCCGUUAUCCUUGUUGGGUGCCAGCUCGAUCUCCGCUAUGCCGACCUGGAAGCUGUUAAUCGAGCCAGGCGCCCGUUAGCAAGGCCCAUAAAGAGAGGGGAUAUUUUGCCCCCAGAAAAAGGCCGAGAGGUAGCAAAGGAACUUGGCUUACCAUACUAUGAAACAAGCGUGUUUGACCAGUUUGGUAUCAAGGAUGUGUUUGACAAUGCAAUCCGAGCAGCGCUGAUUUCCCGCAGGCACCUGCAAUUCUGGAAAUCCCACCUAAAGAAAGUCCAGAAACCUUUACUUCAGGCACCCUUCCUACCUCCAAAAGCCCCUCCACCGGUCAUCAAAAUUCCAGAGUGUCCUUCCAUGGGGACAAAUGAAGCUGCCUGUUUACUGGACAAUCCUCUAUGUGCCGAUGUUCUGUUCAUCCUUCAGGACCAGGAACACAUCUUUGCACAUCGAAUUUACCUCGCUACCUCUUCUUCCAAAUUUUAUGAUCUGUUUUUAAUGGAAUGUGAAGAAUCCCCAAAUUGGAGUGAAGGAGCUUGUGAGAAAGAGAAGCAAAGCAGAGAUUUCCAGGGGCAGAUAUUGAGUGUCGACCCAGAGGAAGAAAGGGAGGAGGGCCCACCUAGGACACCUCAGGCCGAGCAGUGGAAGUCUUCAAACAAGAGCCUGGUGGAGGCUCUGGGGCUGGAAGCCGAGGGUGCAGUUCCUGAGACACAGACUUUGGCUGGCUGGAGUAAGGGGUUCAUUGGCAUGUACAGGGAAAUGCAAGUCAACCCCAUUUCAAAGCGGGUGGGCCCCAUGACUGUGGUCAGGAUGGACGCUUCAGUCCAGCCAGGCCCUUUUCGGACCCUGCUCCAGUUUCUUUAUACGGGACAACUGGAUGAAAAGGAAAAGGAUUUGGUGGGCCUGGCUCAGAUCGCGGAGGUCCUAGAGAUGUUCGAUUUGAGGAUGAUGGUGGAAAACAUCAUGAACAAGGAAGCCUUCAUGAACCAGGAGAUUACAAAAGCCUUUCACGUCAGGAAAGCCAAUCGGAUAAAAGAGUGUCUCAGCAAGGGAACGUUCUCAGACGUGACAUUUAAAUUGGAUGAUGGAGCCAUCAGUGCCCACAAGCCGCUGCUGAUCUGCAGCUGUGAGUGGAUGGCAGCCAUGUUCGGGGGGUCAUUUGUGGAAAGUGCCAACAGUGAGGUGUAUCUCCCGAACAUAAACAAGAUAUCAAUGCAAGCAGUAUUGGAUUAUCUCUAUACCAAGCAGUUGUCUCCUAACUUGGACCUGGACCCGCUGGAAUUAAUUGCCUUGGCAAACAGAUUUUGCCUGCCACACUUGGUUGCACUUGCAGAACAGCAUGCCGUUCAGGAGUUGACCAAAGCCGCCACGAGUGGCGUGGGCAUUGACGGAGAAGUGCUCUCUUACUUGGAAUUGGCUCAGUUUCACAAUGCCCACCAGUUGGCCGCCUGGUGUUUGCACCACAUCUGCACCAACUACAACAGUGUAUGCUCCAAGUUCCGCAAGGAAAUCAAAUCAAAAUCUGCAGACAACCAGGAAUACUUCGAGAGGCACCGCUGGCCCCCUGUGUGGUACCUGAAGGAAGAAGAUCACUACCAGCGUGUGAAAAGGGAACGAGAGAAGGAAGAUAUUGCACUAAAUAAGCAUCGCUCAAGACGAAAGUGGUGCUUCUGGAAUUCAUCUCCAGCAGUGGCCUGAAGAGGAAGAGAAAAAAAACAAAAAAACAAAAACCAGUCAGUGAUCUGAUCCACCACUUUUCAAAGCACUACUGUAAAAUUCGUCUUGUUAGAGAUACAACAUAGUUCAGGUUUCAGGCACUGACCUUCCUCCACUUUUGUGCAUUUAUCUUUGUUAGGAUCAAAGCACAAGCUCACCAUCAAUGAGCCUGGACAAAAAGGGAAGCUGACUCUCACUGCAUUCCUUAAACUGAUACGUAUAUUUUUUUUGUUAGGAGGCUUAAUAAACUUUAGUCUGUUAUUUUGUUUCUUUUUAUACAAAGAAAAAAAAUCCAGCUUUCAUGUUUCUGAUUCCAAAUUGGAAAAUAUUUUUAUAUGGUCUGUUGUAUUUUGUUGAAAUGAAAAUACUGUGUAUUACUUUAUUUUACAGGCCACAAUUGACUAUGAAGUCACCCUGUGAUUCUCUUUGCCCACAUGACCACCGAGCAUUAUUGCGUAAUUAGAGGGUUAUCCUCUUGUUGUGAAAGGAAGGAGGGGACUGAAAUCUCCCAAAGUGCAAAUUGGAGAGUGUUUAAUCUUUGUUCUGUUGAAUAACAUCAGUGUAAUUACAAAGUCAACUCCAAGAAUGUGUAUUUACAAUAUUUGCCGUGUUAAGUGCUGGUAAUUAUAUGGUUAUAUGUGCCAUGUAAAAUAUAGUGAUAUCAAAUAUUCUGUUGUUUCCAAUGUCUAGUUUCAAGAGGACAAUCUUUAUAAUCAUUAGAAGGGCUUAUUAAAUCCCAGCAUUAUCCAGGGCAAACUCACUGGUGGACCUGAAUACAUAAGAUACCAUUAGUGCGCUGGUGUUCGGAUUGCUGUAUUAGGGUUUACGUCUCUCAGUAUUCCUUGAACUUGCCAUGCUUCUGCAUGCAGAUUCUUCACUGACUUGAAUUGAGAUGGGCAAGGGAAAAGGUCCCUGGACUCCCUCCUGCCAUCUACAGGCUUGUCACAUCUCACCACCAGAAACAGGCUUCCUCAGGCUUCUCACCUGUGGCCAACUUCACUUUGUAAGACCCAUAUUUUUAACUCUUCCCAGGGAAAAUUCAUGUUGCUGCAGAAGUAGGCUAAGGCAGACCACCCACUUCUGCUGAAAUGCAUUGGGAGCCUGUGAAAGCACAAAGCUGGAGGCUGGGCGCCUGCGUUCUCCUACACGGAAAGGAAUCUAAUUCCAAGAGUCUAGGAAAUGGUGCUAUUGUGAGUUAGUUCUGACUCUUUCUCAUUCUGAGUUUUCAGUGUUAAACUAGACGUGUGAGAGCAGGGGAGCUUUCGUGAGGCAGUCAGUCAUUGCUUCUCUGUAAAUUAAAAUGUUACAGCACACACAUACACACACAGAGAGCAUUUCAAGGCCACAGCUCCACACCUGCCAUGGGAUGUUAAUGUGGCAGGGGGUGGGGCUCAUUCUGUCGGGAGGUCAAGUUACUAAUGCCAAGGACUGUUGAUUUUGUUUUUAUUUUUAUUUUUUCUUCUAGCUUUUCAGAAGAUGGAAAUGAGACAGUUGAGUCCAAACCCCAAUGUUGACAGCCAUAUGCAUUUGAAAAUCUAUCUAGAUUACAGAUGGGCAUUUAUUACUGGCAGUGGAAACACACCAGAUAGAAGAUCUUAGGAGAGGCCCAGAAAUGCAUCACCUUGUCAUGACAAAAGAGGAGGCAGUAGAGUAGGGAUAAUUACAAAUGCAUCUACCUUAAUUUUUUUCAAUAGGCUUGUAAAUCUUAUUAAUGGAAGGAGAAAGGAGACAGGAGAGGAUAAACGUCAAGAUGCAGAAGAAUUGACAUGUAUCCCAUCAUAAAAUGGUAGAAGUUGAGUUUUCAAUGAGUAGUCAUAGUUGAAAUUUUACAACCAAAGCUCCCAUUUGAUUGUAAUCUUGCCAAAAUGUAGUGGACGUAUAAAUGAACUUGGGGUAUAAGCAAUAAUAUCCACUAGUGUUGUUAUCAGCUACUGUAACCAAGUGGCUGGUUCAUUUGGUUGAUGCUGAUUAUGGCCUUUAACCAUGGUGGUUUGCUGUGUGUUUUUUAUUUCACAAAAAGCCAAUAAAAUUGUUUAGCUAUAAAA